AUGACCCCAGCGGAUCAAUGUGAUGCAGCCGAGAGCUGCACCUUCAAUCUUCGCAGAUUUCUAAAUAUUUCCAGGUCUCAAUCUAGAAAAAUUGGUUGCACCACAAAUUUGAAGAAACGUGUUUUACAUCGCUUUACCAAUCACCAAGAGCAGUGUGACUUUCUUGCACCAUCAAGGACCAGCUCCAAGCGCCCUCUUUUCCCAGCUGGUGAGCCGGAGAGAGCAAAGCGACCUCAGAAUCGGAACACGUUGCCCGCUGCGGUCAUCAAGACAGACCCUCGAAAGGAGCGGGAGUUCUCGAACAGGCACAUCAAUGACAAGCGCCUUGGAGCCAAAUCCAGGGCAGAAAUGCUGAGGCAGCAAAUCCUCCGCGGUUCGCAGGAUGACACUGUUCUCCGUGGAACCAGUGCUUUCCAGCAGCGCAGUGCACCAGGCUACACAGAUAUGGACGACCUUCAACCAGAGGGGGUCCAAAGCCGACCGCGCCAGCCAGCGCAGCUGAUGAAAGCGGCUCCGGAAGAGGAUGACGCAUCCGAUUCUGAUGGUGGCUCUUCAGAUGCCUCCCAGGACGCGAGUGGCCAAAGAAGGGUGGCUUUUGGCCCGUUGCCAGAGAAUGCGCCCAAGAGAAGACGCAUAGCGCUUGGAGGUGGUCACACUCCAGCUGCAAGUGGAGGCGAUGUAGUCGUCGAUUUCUUUUGA